CGCCAAGUCCCACAACUGAUCGAGAUGCACACGUUCCGCGAUGCCAUUGAUGUCAACUAUCAGGGGAUGGCCAUUACGGGCGAGGAGUUGAGCGGGGUACCUCUGGAAGACCACAACGUCGCCUCCAAGGAGUUGAUCAAGGCCCUAGAAAUCCGCGAGGAAUAUAUGCGGCGCAUUGGCAACUUCUUCCCCACCACCGAAAAAUACGAGCUGAGGAGAAAGGAUGGAGUCACACACUUCUACCACGCGGAUGGAACGCGCGAGACCAAGUUCGACGACUGCUACAUCUCGCAAGAGAAAUUCCUGCUUGACACCGAGAUCUUGACAGCUAUGAUUGUCAAUGGGCCAAUGAAAUCCUUCUGCUACCGUCGCCUCUCCUACCUCCAGAACAAGUUCUCCCUCCACGUGCUGAUGAACGAGUUGCGCGAGCUGCACGAACAGAAAUGCGUUUCCCACCGCGAUUUCUACAAUAUCAGAAAAGUGGACACUCACAUCCACGCCGCGUCCUCGAUGAACCAAAAGCACCUCCUCCGCUUCAUCAAGAAGAAGAUCAAGACGGACGGGAAGACGAUUGUGGGCGGCAAGCCGAUCACGAUGCGCGAAGUUUUCGAGGGUAUGGGUAUCGAUGCGUACGAUCUCUCAGUCGACAUGCUCGACGUGCACGCCGACCGCAACACGUUCCACAGAUUCGACAAGUUCAACGCAAAAUACAACCCGGUUGGAGAAUCGCGGCUCCGCGAGAUCUUUAUCAAAACGGACAACCACGUCGGCGGCAAGUAUUUUGCCGAGCGAUCAAGAACUUUGGUGGAACUGCUCGACAACAUCUUCUUGCCGCUGUUCGAGGUCACCAACGAUCCAGCUUCCCACCCGGAGCUUCACCGCUUCCUGCAACAGGUCUCCGGCAUCGACUCGGUGGACGAUGAGAGCAAGCAUGAAUUUGUACACUUCGACAUCCGCACCCCAGUCCCAGAAAAAUACACCGACAAGGAGAACCCGCCGUACAACUACUACCUCUACUACAUGUACGCCAAUCUGUCGCUGCUGAACGCGUUCCGCAGGUCUCGUGGUAUGAACACGUUCGCGUUGCGCCCUCACUGCGGAGAAGCCGGCCAUGUGAACCAUUUGGUCCCCGUCCUUCAAUACCUCUACUACCUCGUCCAAAUGGGCAUCGCCAUGUCCCCGUUGAGCAACAACUCCCUCUUCGUCAGCUACCAGCGAAAUCCGAUGCACGAGUUUAUGCAGAAGGGCCUGAACGUCUCGCUCUCUACGGACGAUCCCCUCCAAUUUCACUACACCAAAGAAGCGCUGAUGGAGGAAUACUCGAUCGCCGCCCAGGUCUGGAAGCUGUCCUCCUGCGACAUGUGCGAGCUGGCCAGGAACUCGGUGCUGCAGAGCGGGCCCAACUUCAAGGAGGAGGGCGUUCUCGGCAACGACAUUCACCGCACCAACGUGCCGGACAUUCGCGUCUCCUACCGCCACGAGGCGCUCGUCGACGAGUUGACCAACAUUUUCCGCAGUCGCAUGUUUUUC